UUGAUACCUCCCGCAACGUCCCUGUAGGACUGGAGAUCCAGUAGGCCUGGCCAAGGGUCCUGAGGAGAGAGGGUGCCCGAGCUCCCCGCACCUCCGCGGCGACUGGAGCGAGCCGGGCCGAGGAAGCGAGCGCGGUUUGAUCCUUGCCAGCACAUUAAAGAAUAUUUUUGUUGAACCUUCUUGAGAAUUCAGAGAAACUGCUGUGUGACCACUGAACGAAAGAUCUAAUCUUAAGGCUUACGCCUGUUCCAUCCACCACAUCAGAACAAUGUCGUACGUUUUUGUAAAUGAUUCUUCUCAGACUAAUGUGCCCUUGCUACAAGCCUGUAUUGAUGGGGACUUUAAUUAUUCCAAGCGUCUUUUGGAAAGUGGCUUUGACCCAAACAUUCGUGACAGCAGGGGCAGAACAGGCCUUCACCUUGCAGCAGCUAGAGGGAAUGUAGACAUCUGCCAGUUACUGCAUAAAUUUGGUGCUGAUCUUCUGGCCACAGAUUAUCAAGGAAACACAGCUCUUCACCUCUGUGGCCAUGUGGAUACUAUUCAAUUUCUGGUUUCCAAUGGACUCAAAAUUGAUAUUUGCAAUCAUCAAGGUGCUACCCCUUUAGUUCUGGCAAAGCGCAGAGGCGUAAAUAAAGAUGUCAUCCGAUUGCUGGAAUCUUUGGAAGAACAGGAGGUAAAAGGAUUUAACAGAGGAACUCACUCGAAACUGGAGACCAUGCAGACAGCUGAGAGUGAAAGUGCCAUGGAAAGCCAUUCACUCCUCAAUCCCAACCUGCAGCAAGGUGAAGGAGUCCUUUCCAGCUUCCGAACCACGUGGCAGGAGUUUGUGGAGGAUCUGGGCUUCUGGAGAGUGUUGCUCUUGAUCUUCGUCAUUGCUUUGCUGUCUCUUGGCAUUGCCUAUUAUGUGAGUGGGGUGCUACCCUUCGUGGAAAACCAGCCUGAACUGGUGCAUUAAAGGAGCUCAUGGAAGAUGAGGCAAUUAAUUGCCUGUUUCCUGGCUUCCCAUAUUUGUUCUUAGUUUCUCAGAAUUUUUCUUAGUGCAAAGCAGUGAGGGCGGUACAUGUUUCUUUUUGCAUUUUUAAUUAUUGCAAUCCUUUGAGAUAACAAUAUGUUCAUUUGAACUAACUACAUACUAUGAUCAAGUAUAUUGCAUCCUAAUGCUACCUCUGACUCAACCUGACCUUGUAGGAAAACCUACACAUAGCCUUGUUUGAUAAAAAUGCAGAAAUGACUAAAGAAUGGAAGAUAAAGGAAGAGACUAGGAAGUCCUUACUAUCGAAACCUUAUCCUAAUAUAGGACCAAUUGAAGUAUUCAAAAAGAAAAAGAGUAUCUUAGAUGAUUAGUUUUUGUUGGUGAUUUUGUUUUUAUUUAUUUUUGCAAAAGUCCCUUUACUUUCUCUAGGGUUAAGAGAUAUCUUAAACUUGAAGUACUUUUUUCAUCUUGUAUAGCAAAUUAGUAUUGUUAGGAUCUAUUCAGUUUUAGUAUUUUCAAAUCUUGUCACAAACCAAACAAAACUUUUGAAAAUGAGCCAUAUUUUGUUCAAAACUAAUUGAUUUGAUCUUAUAUUUAUUUUAGGAUGAUUUUUUUUUUUUUUAUUUUGUAAACUGCUUUGCUUGUUAAUAUCUGUGAAAAAUAAAUUAGUUCAUUUUGUUCAGUUUCCAAUUUUCCCUAGUAUCCUAUUCAUCAAAGAUAACCGUUAGUCAGAAUUACAGUCAGAAAAUUCUUUUUCUACUGAAUAGUUAGCAGGGAAAAAUAAUCCUGAUAUUUAACUGUCAUAAUUCUGUAGUGCUAUUAUAGUGAAAAACUCAGUUCUAUAAGCUAGCUGUGUUGUCACAGUUUUAUCAUAGUUCAUAACGAUUUCAUGUGCAAUCCUAUUUAGAGGCCCUGAUAGACUUUUAACAAUCCCAUCCAUAUCUGUAGUUCUCUGAUGGCAAGAAUGGAUGGAGCAUUUCUGAGUUAACAGUGCUGAACAGUAUUGUACUGGGUGUUAUAAACUCUUUAUGAAUGGUAAUAUUAUGUAAAUUGAAAUCUGGUCCCCAAACUGUAUUGCAGCUUUCAGAAGUAUGUUGGAAAGCCUCUUUUAUUAAUGAUUCUGUGAUGUAUGAAUUAUAUUUUUGAGUUAUUAAAAAAGAAUAUGAAGGCUUGAUAAUUAUUCACUGGGUAAAGUCAGGAAAUUAUAGUGAAAGAACUAAUGGUUUUGUUUUUUGGAAUAAAGGCACCUAAGCUGUUGCUAAUUGAAUUGCUUCUAGAAUUAGAAAUUAUGCUUUAGAGUAGAAUUGGUAUUUUUGUGAUUCUUUUUGCUUCUUGAUAUUUUUUUUAUAUCUAUAUAUCUAGUAUUGAGGCUCGCUCUUUCAUGUGGCUUUAUCCUCCCUAAUAGCUGUUGUAAAAUGCCUGAGUAACUGGCUGCUUCAGGAUCAGCUUUUAGGUUAGAUGCAAACAAAAUAAAUCAUAGUUUGUGUAAAUACAGCAAAAACAGCUGGCUGUAGAAUGGAGAACACUACAAUUCAAAUUUGAAGUAUAUUCAGAAGAAAAAUUUGGAGUUAGCUUUGCAUUUGUUUGUAAAUCUAAACAAAUAUGCAAAAUUGGUCCAAAUGUAAGUAUGUAGCAUUUUUAAAGAUUAAUGCUUCCUUUUAUGUGCUGAUUUCUUUGUAUUCUGUUCUCUGCAUUCAUUGUUCAGUAAUACCACUAAUAAAUGUAUUUAUAAAUCCCUU